UUGGCCCCAGUUCGCCUACAACGACGGUCGGACGUCUGUAACUCAGAGUUGAAGAAAUACCAGGCGAAAAAGAAAAGGCAGGGGUGUGUAUAUGUGUGUGAGAGAGGGGGUAGGCUGCAUUGGGAGCAGCUAUGGGUGAGAUCGAGGGCACCUACCGCUCCUUGCAGACCCCUGCAGGGACACGGCUCGGAGCUCAGUACAACACCGGCAUCAGCACCCUGGAGCCCGGGCAGAGCCUUGGUUCAGCUAUGGGAGCAGGAGGGAAAGGCCAUAACAGGGGCCUGCAGAUCUGCGUCCAGGGCCUGGAUGAUGCUCAGGAGUUCUAUGACCUUGAGUCAAAAGCGGAUGGGCAAAGUUUUUACUCUGAAGUGCUCAGACGGAUCAAUCUCAUUGAGAGCGAUUACUUUGGUCUGGAGUUUCAGAACCUGCAGAUGAACUGGGUUUGGCUGGAGCCCACCAAGCUCAUAGUGAAACAAGUGAGACGGCCGAUGAACACACUCUUUCGGCUGUCAGUGAAGUUCUUUCCUCCAGAUCCUGGUCAGCUUCAGGAGGAGUUUACUAGGUACUUGUUUUCUCUGCAAAUCAAGAGGGAUCUAAUAGAGGGCCGACUGAACUGUACAGAAAACACUGCCGCCCUGCUGGCCUCUCAUUUGGUUCAAUCUGAGAUCGGUGACUACGAUGACAUAGCAGACAGGGAGUUUCUGAAGAUUAAUAAAUUGCUGCCAUAUCAGGAACGUGUACAAGAAAAGAUCAUGGAGAUCCACCGCAGACACAUUGGGCAGACCCCAGCAGAAACAGAUUUUCAGGUUCUGGAGAUCGCUCGUAAACUGGAGAUGUAUGGGGUUCGCUUUCAUCCCGCCGCUGACCGAGAAGGCACCAAGAUCAACCUGGCUGUCGCACACAUGGGCCUGCAGGUCUUUCAGGGCCACACCAAAAUUAACACCUUCAACUGGUCUAAAAUUCGGAAGCUGAGCUUCAAGAGGAAACAAUUUUUAAUUAAAUUGCACCCAGAAGUUCAUGGUCUUCAUCAGGAUACGCUGGAAUUUCUAUUGGGCAGUCGAGAUCAGUGUAAGAUCUUCUGGAAGAACUGUGUGGAGCAUCACUCGUUUUUCCGUCUGUUAGAUCAGCCUCAGCCCAAAUCCAAAGCCAUCUUCUUCAGCAGAGGAUCCUCCUUCAGAUACAGUGGGAGGACACAGAAGCAGCUUGUUGAGUACGUGAGGGACAGCGGGUUGAGAAGAACUCCUUACCAGAGGAGGAACAGUAAGAUUCGCAUGUCGACACGUUCCUUGGCUUCUGAUGUGCCAAAACAGAAUCUGUGUUUUAACGACAGUCUAAGGUCUCCAGUACCUCCUUCCUCUGUCACCGCCUCCUUCCACUCCCUGCAUGCCCCCAGCUCACCCAUGCGGAUGGAGACCCCGAACCAGCCUGUGCAUCUCCAGCAGACGCUGCAAUCCGCCAGAGCCCCCAGCCCAAUGCUGCAGGACUCCAUCAAGACCAACUCCGAAUUCACCUACGCCUUCCCAGACUCUACCACUGACAGCCCUCAGCCCUCUCCCCUCAACACCAAGGGUCCUCUGUGCCUGUCGCCCUCUUUCCAGAUGUCCACUCUCAGUCUUCCCGGCCAGGCACCUUCACCCCUGCAGAGCCCCAUCUUGAAUGAGGUGGGCACUGCCAGACUAGAGGAAGACGAAGAGGGCAGCAGGAAGAGAUAUCCCACCGACAAAGCCUACUUCAUUGCUAAAGAGAUUCUGACAACAGAGCGGACUUACCUGAAGGAUCUGGAGGUCAUCACAGUGUGGUUCCGCAGUGCAGUGAUUAAAGAAAACGCAAUGCCUGAGGGUCUCAUGACCCUCCUGUUCUCCAACAUUGACCCCAUCUAUGAGUUCCACAGAGGCUUUCUCAAAGAGAUUGACCAAAGGCUGGCUCUCUGGGAGGGGCGCUCUAACGCUCAUGUAAAAGGAGAUUACCAACGAAUUGGAGAUGUUAUGCUGCGCAACAUGUGUGCUCUGAAGGAGUUCACAGGCUAUCUGCAGAAGCAUGAUGAGGUGUUAACAGAGCUUGAGAAAGCCACAAAGCGUGUGAAGAAGUUGGAGACUGUGUAUAAGGAGUUUGAGCUGCAGAAGGUGUGCUACCUGCCCCUCAACACCUUCCUGCUGAAGCCCAUCCAGAGACUCAUGCACUACAAACUCAUCCUGGAGCGUCUGUGUAAGCAUUACGCCCCCCCGCACAGAGACUACGAUGACUGCAAAGAGGCUCUGAAAGAAGUUGCAGAGAUUGCUGCUCAGCUGCAGAGCAGUCUGAUUCGACUGGAGAACUUUCAGAAGCUGACAGAACUUCAGAGGGAUCUGAUUGGCAUUGAGAACCUUUCAGCUCCGGGAAGAGAAUUUAUCAGGGAAGGUUGUCUCUACAAGCUCACCAAAAAGGGUCUGCAGCAGAGGAUGUUUUUUCUUUUUUCAGACAUGCUGUUGUACACAAGCAAAGGGGUGACUGCAACCAAUCAGUUCAAAGUUCAUGGACAGCUUCCUCUGCAUGGGAUGAUUGUGGAGGAGAGUGAGAAUGAGUGGUCUGUUCCUCACUGUUUCACCAUAUAUUCUGCUCAGAGGACCAUUGUGGUGGCAGCUAGCUCCAAAGUAGAGAUGAACAAAUGGAUUGAAGAUCUGAACAUGGCUAUUGACAUGUCAAAGAAAUGUCAGGCGAAAUCAGAUCUUCUGUUGGACCAAAGCCCGUGUGAUCGCUCCAACAGAUCAUCAGAUGAAGUGUCUCUGGAGCAGGAGUCAGAGGAUGACAUGAACUCUUCCCGCUGCUCUCUGGACAAGCAGAGCCACCACAGGGCCAACACCACCAUGCAUGUGUGCUGGCACCGCAACACCAGCGUCUCUAUGUCUGACCACAGCCUAGCCGUGGAGAACCAGCUGUCUGGUUACCUCCUGAGGAAGUUCAAGAACAGCAACGGCUGGCAGAAACUCUGGGUCGUCUUCACCAACUUCUGCCUGUUCUUCUAUAAGACACACCAGGAUGACUUCCCCCUGGCCAGUCUGCCGUUGCUAGGUUACACAGUCAGCACCCCAGGGGAUUCGGAUAGCAUCCAUAAGGAGUACGUCUUCAAGCUGCAGUUCAAAUCCCAUGUUUACUUCUUCAGGGCAGAGAGCGAGUAUACAUUUGAAAGAUGGAUGGAGGUGAUCAAAAGUGCAGCGAGCUCCGCGGGACGCAUGAGUCUGCUUGUACCCAAAGGCCCAGCAGAGAUGAACGGGGGAAGCUGAGUGUGUCAGACUGAUCUCCUGGAGCUGAGGGCUGGGCCCACUGUCUGCCAGGACCAAACACACCAUCAUCACUUUAUCCUUUCUGAUUUGUGGCUCUGAGAAGCAUCAUCAUAAUAACUUGAUUCUCGACUCUGGACUGUUAGCUCUCUGCCUGCUGGGAGUUUGAGCUGCUUAUUGAAACCUCGGACCGAAGAAUUUGGUCGGAAAGUAAGCACUCUGUAAUUCUCUUCUCUAAAUCUUUUCUUCUUGUUUUCUCGCUAAUGAAACAUAAAGUGGGCUUGCUUUUCUAGAACCACAUUAAACUGAAAGAAUUCUUAGAGAAAUACAUUAGACUGAAUUAAGUUAUGUUUGUGUUUAUCUUGCUAAGGUAACACUUAUUGCUGUAUUCGGGUUUUAAGGUCUUUGCUAAGAUGAAUCUGUCAUUAGGAUGAUAUUUAAUGACUCUUGUUACUCCAGUUUUUUCAGUAGAAAUCUAGUCCCACGGGACUACAAAAAUGCUUUCUAUUAUUUGUCCUGGGACAUCAUGACUGAGUACUACUGAAUAAAGAGUGUUGACAAACAGAGGGUUUGUAUUAAGUCCAGCUGGUGCAGUAAGUGAGAUGAAGGACUAGCGCUGUAAAAUGUGUCUUGCUGAUUUCGAAACAGUGUUACGUUGGUCAGAGAGCACGUUUACAGGGCCACAGCUCAGAAACUGGAGUUCUAUGAUCGAGCACCUUCGCACUUUUAAAGGGCUGAAGGUGAGCUGUUGGUACAGGAAGGAAUCCGAGAGGAAUAGAAAUGUUAUUUUGAAGAUGAGGCAGCUGAAUUGGCUUGUACAUUAUGUGCUGUCCUCUUCCAGCGUAGGUUAAAGCAUGUCUUGAAGGUCAUUAUUAAGCGACUGUUACUAUUUAGGGGAUUUUUAAGGUCUGAUCCGUUGAUUUUUGAUCUCACAGCAUGAAAACUAAUCGGAUAUUUAUUUUAAAGUGAAGACUGACCAAAAAAUAUUGACUAACCAAACUAAAUGUAAUGUUUUAAAUGAUGUAUUCACAGAUGUCACUAGUUUAGAUUUUUGGGAUACUUGACAGAUAAUAAGCUCAAGUCUAAACUAACCCCCUUAUGGGGGAAGAAGUUCAUCCACAGUGUAAUACUGCACUUUUCUUUCAGUUUCUGCCCUCUACACACAGGGAAGAGGAAAUGGUUCUGGUGAAGUUCCAGUUUUGUCAAAGUUGAAGUUAAAACAACAAUGCAAGAUGUUCUCGAUCGGCCACUAAAUCCUAAAAUUUAAACUGGGAUCAACGGCCUAAAACUGCCUGUUCCCCUUUUAUUAUAUUGUAUUUGUGAAUUUAAAAAAAAAGCAUAUUAAUAAUUAAUUUACAAGUUCUUUCCCUAUGAUCUAUUGAUAAACAAAAAAUUUUUCCUUUUCUUUUUUACUACCAAUAUUUUUUGCGAGGCAUAUCACACACAUAUAUGUGAUGCGGUCUCGUUUUGUUGGAAGGCCAGUUGAGUUAUUUGUUGUUUUAGUAGCAUGAUGAAGUUCCACAGCAUGUGUGACAGUGUUAUGUUUACUUAUCGGCUUCACUUUAUGAAGACAGGUCUGUACGACAUCUGAUUUGAGAGGUUUAUUUAGCCUCUUUUUGGAUUAUUAGUUGUAUUUAUAAGGCUUUUGGCUUUGUCCGUUCAACAUGCUCUACAGGGUCCAACCAAAGACCUGAAGAAGUCUUGCAUGAGCCUGAAAAGGUUGGCCAAAGUUAGUCGGCCACACAUUAAGCAGUGUUGCUUUGUGUACUCAUAACAAUAUACUGUAAGCAGCUAUCAUCUCGACAUGAGCUCAGCUAGUCUGAUGUGUUUCAAAUCCCUCUUAAUUCACUAAUGCACUAUGUGGGCUCAUGGUCUCCACCCUUUUUUGUACAUUUUAUGCAAGAACUGGAAUCAUUUUCUUCCUCAUUGCAGUAUCUGGCAAUAGGGAGGGUUGGAUGAACGGUUGUUUUCCAUCCCGGAUUGCUAAGCACGAGAGAAGGGAGUUUACUCAAAGACCUCAGUUUCCUGUCUCAUUCCGAGAGGCACUAAACUGAGUUUUGAUGAAAUCGCUUCUCUCCAGCUUUUACUAUUUAUUUUGUGUAGCAUGUUGCUGAGGCGUUGCUCCUGUACACACCGCAUGUGGUAAGUUUCAUGUUAUGACAUUGAAGGGCUAUCAAAUAAAACUGAA